AUGUCUACUUCAAAUAUACAACUGCUAGCUUCCGAUAAACUUAACGGAGACAAUUACAGAAUAUGGAAAUCGAAUUUAAACACAAUACUAGUUAUUGACGAUCUAAGGUUCGUUUUAACGGAGGAGUGUCUUCCAGCCUUUACCCCUAAUGCAAACCGAACAGUUCGGGAUGCCUAUGAUAGAUGGGUUAAAGCUAAUGAAAAAGCUUGUGUCUACAUUUUAGCCAGUAUAUCAGAUGUAUUGUCUAAAAAGCAUGAGGGAUUAGCUAUUGCAAGAGAGAUCAUGGACUCUCUACAAGCCUUGUUUGGACAACCAUCAACAUCUAUCAUGCAUGAUGCGAUUAAGUAUGUUUACAACUGCAGAAUGAAGGAAGGAUCUUCUGUAAGGGAGCAUGUUUUGAACAUGAUGGUUCACUUCAAUGUUGCAGAAACGGCGCAGUCAUGA